AUGGUGUCGUGGCGUUGUGCAACGGCUUUACGUUAACAUAAUAAGGGAACACAGUACACGUAGAACGCUUUUCUUUAGUUCUAUAAUAUAUUAUAAACCCGCAUCGCAUACUAUAUUCAUGCAUUUUCAAGAGAUCAAAAUGAGGCGCGCUGGAUUAGGCGAAGGGGCACAAACAGGAAAUUAUGUGGCAAGUGGAUACAGUGUUCAUGAGGAAGAAAACGAACAUUUACAAGAGGGUUUAAGAGCCAAAGUCAGUGCUUUGAAACAUCUUUCAAUUUAUAUUGGAACUGAAGUUAAGUCCCAAAAUAAAGUGUUGCAAGAUAUGGACACAGAUUUUGAGUCUUCUGGUGGUCUUUUGGGGGCUACUAUGGGUAGACUGAAGCUUCUGGCCAGGGGCAGUCAAACCCGGAUCUUCUGCUACGUGUUUCUGUUUGCACUUUUUGUCUUCUUCGUCCUCUAUUGGGUGAUCAAACUUAGGUGAUACCGAUCUCUCCAAUUUGUGCCAUGCUUUUCUGGACCGUGUACUCAGGAUGAAAAGAGCAUCACUUUUUAUAAUGAAUGUGAAUCUGUAACGUCAUCCCACAUUUCUUUAAUUGAAGAUGUACAAUGUAGUGGAUGAUGCUCUUGCAAAUCGAGAAGGAAAAACACUGCCAUGGAUCAUUACCAUCCACCAGUCACACAUUUUUUAGAGUGUAAAAGGGUCUGAUGUGAUAUUUUCUUGAUCCGGUUAGUGGGGGAAAUGACAUUGCUUCUCAUACAUAGAAAGGUUUUCAUGUAGCUAGUAGUUCUGCAGGAUGUCAUCUGCAUGUAAAUUAUUUCAGUACUUCAAAUUGUGAGAAGGUAAAACCAUUAUCAAAUCUUUUGAUAAUUUAAGAAAUAGCAAUGAAUAAUAGUUUAUAUUGUUGAGUCUAACGUAGAUUCACUGUUUUCCAACCAGAACACAGGGAAGCGGCCGCUUCCACCUGAAGUUAACGUCCAUUCAAUUGUAGUUUUUGCUUAUUGACUCUCAAACCACUUUGAUCGAUGUGAAUUGGACUAAUAAGUAUGGAGAAAACGACAAACAACUGCACAACAUCCCUGUGUUUGGAAGACCAUGUUAGCUUAUGAUGGUUCAAACACAUAAGUCUGCCCAGUUCGUCUCUGGUUGCAACAUGUUCCCCACCAUAAUGUCAUAGUAGGGCACUAUUAUCACUGUUUACUGAAAUGGAUCGUGUACAUGACUUGUACCAAGUAUUUAUGAAAAAUUAAGGUAUGUGUACUUUAUAUAUAUAUAUAUAUAUAUAUACACACACACACACACACACAAAACCAAAGCUGAUCUGGAAGUAUUUCUUUUUAUUUUUAGUCAUUAAAGUUGCACUGUUCGGAACAUGGUGAGCUAACUUGGUGUUCGGAACACGGUGAGUUUAUGUUUCCCGCAGAAAGUAUUGAUACUGUUUGAAUAUGGAUUUACUCCACUGGAAAGCUACAUUGUUUUUUUUUUAUCCAUAUAUAGGCCAAACUAUUUUUGGAAAGGUGUAAGGGAAAACAUCAUAGACCAUUUCAUAUAGGGAAGAAACAUUUUGGGAUUAACUAAUAUUACUUUUAACUGCUGACAUUUGGGUCAAUGUACAAUUUUUGAAGCAGUCUUAAACUGUACAAUUCUUGUCUCGUUUUCCCCAAAAUGACACUUACCUUACCACUUACCUUUCAUCCAAGGAUAUGAUAUUUUUCUUCAGCAGGGGUGUUUAACUGAAUAUUUAUAUGUCCAGUAAACUAAAUGGAGCUGUUCAUAUUACUCUGGGUUUCAAAUAGCCAUCCAAUUUAAAGAAUGGGCGGCCUGUACCCAGUGGUUAAGGUAAAUGACUGAGACACACCCCGGUGUGGCCACAAUAAGAUCCGCACAGCCGUUGGGCCCUUGAGCAAGGCCCUUAACCCUGCAUUGCUCCAGGGGAGGAUUGUCUCCUGCUUAGUCUAAUCAACUGUACGUCGCUCUGGAUAAGAGCGUCAGCUAAAUGCCAAUAAUGUAAUGUAAUGUAAUUAGAGAACUGAUCAUAACACAUUUCUGGCGAAUGUGAAUUUGGACCCGGAAACUUUCACUUUGACAUAUGCAGUUCUUCCAUAUCGAGCUAGAUGUCCAGUGUCAUUUACAUCAUCUCUGUUUAUGUUCUCCUACCUGUAUGGAAUAACACAACACAAAUAAACUAUUUCUGUAUAUCA